CCUCGCCCCGUCCCAGGGUGACGGGAGCCGGGCUCCGAGCCCUCAGUCUGCCCGAGCUCUGGAUGUGGGCGCCGGACGAGUGCAAGGCGCCCCCACCCAAGAUGGACAGCCGCUACACCAGCACGGCGGGCAUCGGGGACUUGAACCAGCUGAGCGCGGCCAUCCCGGCCACGCGGGUGGAGGUGUCCGUGUCCUGCAGAAAUCUUCUUGACAGAGACACAUUCUCUAAAUCUGAUCCAAUUUGUGUCUUAUAUGUACAAGGAGUUGGAAAUAAAGAAUGGAGAGAGUUUGGAAGAACCGAAGUAAUCGAUAAUACUUUAAAUCCUGAUUUUGUAAGAAAAUUUAUUCUGGACUACUUUUUUGAAGAAAGGGAGAAUCUUCGUUUUGACUUGUAUGAUGUUGAUUCAAAGAGCCCCAACUUGUCCAAACAUGACUUUCUGGGACAAGUGUUUUGUACGUUGGGGGAGAUUGUUGGUUCACAGGGAAGUCGCCUGGAAAAACCAAUAGUAGGAAUUCCAGGGAGGAAGUGUGGUACCAUCAUACUUACAGCAGAGGAAUUAAACUGUUGCAGGGAUGCUGUUUUGAUGCAAUUUUGUGCAAACAAAUUGGACAAGAAGGACUUCUUUGGAAAAUCAGAUCCUUUUCUUGUAUUUUAUCGAAGUAAUGAAGAUGGCAGUUUUACAAUUUGUCAUAAAACAGAAGUUGUCAAAAACACUCUAAAUCCUGUAUGGCAAGCAUUCAAGAUCUCAGUCAGAGCAUUAUGUAAUGGAGAUUAUGACAGAACAAUCAAAGUAGAAGUAUAUGACUGGGAUCGAGAUGGAAGUCAUGAUUUUAUUGGAGAAUUUACAACAAGCUAUAGGGAGCUGUCUAGAGGACAAUCACAGUUCAAUGUAUAUGAGGUGGUGAAUCCCAAAAAGAAAGGAAAAAAGAAAAAAUAUACUAAUUCUGGAACAGUAACUUUACUCUCUUUCUUGGUAGAGACAGAAGUUUCAUUCCUUGACUAUAUUAAAGGAGGAACACAAAUCAACUUCACAGUGGCUAUUGAUUUUACAGCAUCAAACGGCAACCCCGCUCAGCCCACUUCUCUCCACUACAUGAAUCCUUACCAGCUGAAUGCCUAUGGCAUGGCACUGAAAGCAGUGGGGGAAAUCGUUCAAGAUUAUGACAGCGAUAAGAUGUUCCCAGCUCUAGGUUUUGGUGCAAAACUGCCUCCAGAUGGAAGGAUAUCUCAUGAAUUUGCUUUGAAUGGAAACCCUCAAAAUCCCUACUGUGAUGGCAUUGAGGGGGUCAUGGAAGCUUACUAUAGGAGUCUGAAAUCUGUACAACUCUAUGGGCCAACCAACUUUGCUCCUGUAAUUAAUCAUGUAGCAAGGUAUGCAGCUUCUGUAAAGGAUGGCUCCCAGUAUUUUGUGCUCCUGAUUGUGACAGACGGCGUUAUUUCAGAUAUGGCUCAAACUAAGGAGUCCAUAGUUAACGCCUCAAAACUUCCAAUGUCGAUAAUUAUAGUAGGUGUUGGACCAGCAGAAUUUGAUGCAAUGGUCGAAUUGGAUGGAGAUGAUGUAAGAGUCUCCUCCAGAGGAAAAUAUGCUGAAAGGGACAUUGUGCAGUUUGUGCCAUUCAGGGAUUACAUUGACAGAAGCGGAAACCACAUAUUGAGCAUGGCUAGAUUGGCUAAAGAUGUCCUGGCUGAGAUCCCUGAGCAGUUUCUCUCCUAUAUGAGGGCCCGAGGAAUCAAGCCAUCACCUGCGCCUCCCCCAUACACUCCGCCUACACAUGUGUUACAGACUCAAAUAUGACUGUGCUCCCAAAUGCUAAGGUUAGCUACACAUCAGUUAGAGCUGCUGAGUUAAUGCCUUGUGCCUGGUGCUCUGUAAUGAACCAGGGAAUAAGACACUUUUCUCAGUUUGGUUUCAGCAGUACUGGUUAAUGUGCUUUCUUGGAUCCAAAAUUAACUCUCUUCCUAAACCAAAACUGUAAAUAUGGUUGUUGCAUGAGCAACAGAAAAAUUGUUUAAAUGCUUGAAGAAAAGUAUGGAUGUCCUCUCUGAAUCUUUUAAUUUUUCUUUUGACAGAAACAGCUAAUUUCCAAUGUAUUGUUGGGAAAAAGCACAAGCUAUGUUUUUAACUCAAAUAUCGUCUUUGACUGCUAUGUGUAUAGGAAAGCAGUCUCUCUGUAUCAAUGUUUACAUGUUACUACUUUUUAAAUUUCAAUACUUUUAUAACUGUUCUUAAGAAUAAGAGUUUUGAAUAUUGAAUCCUUUGUCUUCUAAAUUGCAAUAGCUAUAAUCACAAGAGCAAUAUCUCUUUGAAUGACUGUCUGGACAAAUAACAAUUGCAAAUAAGGGAAGGGAAAAAUGCUUUCAUAUUUCUCAGUAACUGGAUUGUCUUAGGAAGCCACAUCUGCUUAGUAAUCAGUUUCUCUGCCGUGUUUGCCGAGUCUGGGAGUUUAAGGUUGGCAGAUGUGUAUCCUGUAAGAACAUGCAUUUUUCAUAGAGUUUGGGUUCUAAAUUUAGACUGCAGCCAGUUUGUGUUUUGUAAAGCUAAGUGGAAAUUUUAAAAACUCAAACAUCGUGAACUCUAAAUGCACAGAAAAUACUUUGUGUAAAAAGUUGCAUCCUUACAUUAUAAUGUUAUUUAGAAAGACUGAAACCAAGAAUAUUUAACUGUGAACCAUGUAGCAGAUGUUUUAAACUUUUUACUCCAUUCUAUCUUGUCUAGGUAUUUUAAUUCAAAGGGAUACUGGCUCUCUUGAUUGGGAUUCCAUGUUAUCACUGUUCCACGUUGCCAUGCAGGGUGCACAGGCUGGAAGUCUUUUGUGAAAUUCCCAGUUAAACAUAUACGAUCAUGUGACUUAGUGCACAGCACAUUUGUGAAAUAACCUACUCCUAUAUACUGACCUGCCUGUUCACAAUUAAUUGUAAAGAGUUUUUGCAUGUACAGUUUUUACGAGAAUACAGUUUUGUGAAGUUGUGUCUAAAUUAAAGCAUUUCUUUAGAACAAAUGGCCUUAAAUUCUCACAGAAUUCCUGGAAAUGAUUGUGAAUUGCCUUCAAAUAAUAGAAAAGUGUAUUUAUUUGUGUGUGUGUGUAUGUCAACAAUGUAACUGCUUUAUAAUAUUUUUUCCUUACCAAUACCCUAUUUACUAUUUGGUUUAUUUCUACUGUAUGUUGUUCUCUUUGUUCCAGGUUGACCUAGGAUGACUUUUAUAAGCAUGAAACUAUUUUACUGGAAAUAAAAAUAUAUACAUCCACAUAUCUAAAAGCAUCAAUGUUACAAAACUAUGUAAUACUAAAUUGUCCAUUUUUAAGUAUGUAUUAAAAUAUUUAAAAGGAUAACUAUUCGCUUUGUACAUUUCAUGUAUGAAUGACAUGGAGUCUGAUCUUUCCUAUGCUGAACUUGCAUAUUUAUGUCAGUAUAGUUUAUUAACCUACAGAUUUUUUAAACUUAUCUCUACUCAUCAGCCCAAAAAACAAAAAUAAAUAAGAUCAAUAUUCUUUCGUGCUUGUCAAA